AGAUGAGUCUACUUCCCAUUAAUUUGAAAAUGGAGUGAACUAAUUUUUCAAAGGUACGUGAUUUUUCAAGAUGCGAAAGAAACAAAGGAAUAGCCCUCCUGCUAGCAAAAAUAAAAAUGCAGCAAAAAAUUCUACAAACGAGGUGAAGAAAGCCAAGGAAAAAGUGGAUAGCGAGUCUUCAAAGUUUGAAGGAAAUGCCGCCAACAGCUCAACCAAAAAUAAGCUUGAAUCUAAUCAUGUCUCAAAGAAAUUUGGCAGAAGAACAAUAGAGAGCAACUGGGCAAAAUAUGACAUCGAUAACAAUCACGAAGAUGGUAGCAGUCAGACAGAAGAAGAUCAAAGAACAGUUGGAAAACACUUUGAAACUUUGGUUUCCCAAGCAGGUAGAGAUGUCUCUACUUUCAAAUUUAAAGAUGAGAAUGACAUAGUAUCAGUUCAUACAAGUGAUAAUGCAACUGAAGUUGAUGGACCUUUGCACUUUGAUUUAGAAGUUACAGGUUCCAGCCUAAGAGAGAUACCUGUUUAUCAGAAACUUGGAAUACAGGAAACGCUAAGUAUAAUUUCAGAACCAGGAGUUGAUUGGCAUGGUGACUAUUUAGAAUAUAUAAAAGAGACUGUCAAAACAUGUGGAAAUAGGAAUAUAGAGCUUGAAGAGAACACAGAGUCAAGUUGGGUUUGGAAGUUUGAUGAAAUGAGGGGCUAUGAAACAAAAGUUAAAAAGUUACUUGAAAGAAUUAGUAUGGAUGAUGACAUUGAAAAUGAACCUUUAGAAUGUGAGACUGUAAAGAGAAAAGAAGCUAAUGAGAAUAGAGUUCAAGAACUGAAGGAUGGAAUUGGAAAACUCUCAGUAUAUGAGUCUGUUAAUAAUAAAACUGAAAUCCAACAAAACUCUGCCUACCAAAAAGAUGAAGAGGAUGAGCUGGAGGCUUUGCUUUCAAUAAGUUCAGGAAAAUCCGAAGAUGAAACAAAGUUUGAUAUUGAAGAUAAUGUGACAACAUUCAUUCGCGGGGAGGAAUUUGAUCAGAAAGGUGAAAAGAUAAUGGAUAAAGAAAUCGACUCCAAAGAUGACGAGCAAAGCCAAAAUGCUCACAAAGAAGUCGAUGAUUUGGAGGAUUGGCUUGACAGCAUUUUAGAAUGAAGUGUGUUCACAGAAGAAUUUUUAUUACAAUAUAGCUGCCAGUCUCUGCCAGUAAAGAUGUCGAAAGGAUUCUUAGUCUGUUAAAGCUCUGUAAUGUUUCUUCAGGCUUGUCACAAACCAUGAAAGACAGUGUUCAACUUUCGAUUCUUUAAAGGCAUGACUACAUUUUAAACAACUCGCUUCCAUAGGCUGCACCAGAAAGAAAGCGAAAUGAAAUUCACGACGCAGCAAAGUGUUACGAAAUCUGUUU